GGAACUCACAGUCACCUCGACAGCUUCCUUCAUCCACGACAAACUGCUCACCGUUUUAUUCUCCUCCAGACACGGAAAUUAAUUUGGCGCAGUUCUCGAUUACGGCGGUUUUUCUUUUUCAUACACACACCGCGAACGUGAGCCGCCUUUCACUUCUCUCAGGUAACGCGAGCCAAUAAGAGCUUGCGGACGGUGCUCAAACAAGCGAGCUCACGGAAAAAGAGGCGGGAACAUCGCGCACCUUCAGAGGACGCGGAGCGCGUGCGCGCGCAUUCACAUCGCUCGAGCUCACACAGAGUAUCAGCUUCACGGGCUCAAACCGGCGGAUUGCAGAAGGGGCAGGUGGACGUCUGCGCAGACUACCACCUCCACUUGGCGGUCUGAAAGCACCUCGGUGGAAAUUUAGCCACUUCUCACAGCCUGUCCGUGAUCUCGGUUUCAUUUGUCACAAAUACAUGCCGUUCAAGUGCUCGUAGUAAACAGUUCCUCGAGAUGGAAAACGCCCACACUAAAUCUGCAUCAGAAGUUUUAGCAAACUUCGGUGUGAACGAAAACACUGGACUCACGCUGGAACAAGUGAAAAAUAAUUUUGAAAGAUAUGGACCUAACGAGCUCCCAGCCGAAGAAGGUAAAUCUCUGUGGGAGCUGGUCGUGGAGCAGUUUGAGGACCUCCUGGUGAGGAUUUUGCUGCUGGCAGCCUGCGUGUCUUUUGUGUUGGCACUGUUUGAGGAUGGGGAGGAGUCGACCACAGCUUUUGUGGAGCCUAUUGUCAUCCUGCUCAUUCUGGUGGCCAACGCAGUCAUUGGAGUCUGGCAGGAGCGAAAUGCAGAGAAUGCCAUCGAGGCUCUGAAGGAGUACGAGCCAGAGAUGGGCAAAGUGUACCGCAUCAACCGCACGGCCGUACAGAGGAUCAAAGCUCGAGACAUCGUGCCUGGAGAUAUUGUGGAGGUUUCUGUUGGGGAUAAAGUGCCAGCAGAUAUCAGGAUCACAUCAAUCAAAUCCACAACCCUAAGAGUGGACCAGUCCAUUCUCACAGGCGAAUCUGUGUCUGUUAUCAAACACACCGAUCCCGUGCCAGAUCCUCGAGCUGUCAAUCAAGACAAAAAGAACAUGCUGUUUUCUGGCACAAACAUCGCUGCGGGUCGGGCCAUCGGCGUUGUCAUCUCCACCGGUGUUUCCACCGAAAUCGGUAAGAUCCGUAACCAGAUGGCGGCAACUGAGCAGGAGAAAACCCCACUGCAGCAGAAGCUGGAUGAGUUCGGCCAACAGCUCUCGAAGGUCAUCUCUCUCGUCUGCAUCGCCGUCUGGGUCAUUAACAUCGGCCAUUUCGCCGACCCGGUCCACGGCGGCUCGUGGAUCCGAGGUGCCAUCUACUACUUUAAGAUUGCCGUGGCCUUGGCAGUGGCUGCUAUCCCGGAGGGUCUACCAGCUGUCAUCACCACCUGCCUGGCGCUGGGCACCCGUCGCAUGGCCAAGAAAAACGCCAUUGUUCGUUCGCUGCCCUCGGUGGAGACGCUGGGAUGCACCUCCGUUAUCUGCUCAGACAAGACGGGGACCCUGACGACCAACCAGAUGUCUGUCUGCAGGAUGUUUGUGGUUAAUAAGGCUGAUGACACCAGCUGCUCCCUGCAUGAGUUCACUAUCACUGGCUCAACCUAUGCUCCAGAGGGACAAGUGCUGAUGGCUGACAAGCCGGUGCAGUGUGGAGAAUAUGAUGGUCUGGUGGAACUGGCUACUAUCUGCUCCCUGUGCAACGACUCUUCUCUGGACUAUAAUGAGGCUAAAGGAGUGUACGAGAAAGUGGGCGAGGCCACGGAAACUGCGCUCACGACGCUGGUGGAGAAGAUGAACGUGUUUAAAACGGACCUCUCUGGACUCAGCAAAGUGGACCGAGCUGCAGCGUGCAACUUGAUUAUCAGAAAACUAAUGCAGAAAAAAUUCACACUGGAGUUUUCUAGAGACAGGAAGUCCAUGUCUGUGUACUGCUCUCCCAAUGGCUCAAACUCUCAGAGCAAGAUGUUUGUCAAGGGUGCUCCAGAGAGCGUGAUUGACCGCUGUCAGUUUGUGCGUGUUGGUAAAAACCGUGUCCCGUUGACCAUGGCAGUGAAGGAGGAGCUGAUGAGCACUAUUAGAGACUGGGGGUCAGGCAGGGACACACUGCGCUGCUUGGCUUUGGCCACACGAGACACUCCCCCUUCUGAUGACAAAAUGGACCUGGAGAACUCUGUCAAGUUCGCGGAGUAUGAAUCAAAUCUCACCUUCGUUGGCUGUGUGGGGAUGUUGGAUCCACCCAGAAAGGAGGUGAUUGGCUCAGUGAAGCUGUGCAGCAAGGCCGGUAUACGUGUCAUCAUGAUCACCGGGGACAACAAGGGCACCGCCGUGGCCAUCUGCAGACGCAUCGGCAUUUUCAAUGAGGAUGAAGAUGUGGAAGGAAGGGCCUACACGGGUAGAGAGUUCGAUGACCUGACUCCAGAGGCCCAGCGAGAGGCUGUGAAAAGGGCACGGUGCUUCGCCCGUGUCGAGCCUGCACACAAGUCAAAGAUUGUUGCUUAUCUACAGUCCUUUGAUGAGAUCACAGCGAUGACUGGAGAUGGCGUGAAUGAUGCCCCUGCCUUAAAAAAGGCUGAAAUUGGCAUCGCCAUGGGCUCAGGCACAGCUGUAGCCAAGUCAGCCUCCGAAAUGGUGCUCUCUGAUGAUAACUUCUCCACCAUCGUGGCCGCAGUGGAGGAGGGACGAGCCAUCUACAACAACAUGAAGCAGUUUAUCCGUUACCUCAUCUCCUCCAACGUGGGAGAGGUGGUGUGUAUUUUCCUGACAGCCAUCCUUGGCCUGCCUGAGGCUUUGAUCCCUGUCCAGCUGUUGUGGGUGAACCUGGUGACGGAUGGUCUGCCGGCCACUGCCCUGGGCUUCAACCCCCCUGACCUGGACAUCAUGGACAAGCCCCCCCGAAACCCUAAGGAGCCUCUUAUUUCUGGCUGGCUCUUCUUCAGAUACCUGGCCAUUGGAGGAUAUGUGGGUCUAGGCACUGUCAGUGCUGCUACCUGGUGGUAUUUGUUUGAUGAGGAGGGGCCACAGGUGUCCUUUUAUCAACUGCGACACUUCAUGCAGUGUACAGAAGAAAACCCCAUGUUUGAGGGCAUUAACUGUGAGGUCUUUGAGUCACGUUACCCCACCACCAUGGCUCUCUCUGUGCUUGUUACCAUAGAGAUGUUCAACGCUCUUAACAGCCUGUCAGAGAAUCAGUCUCUGCUGAGGAUGCCUCCCUGGGUGAAUAUAUGGCUGCUGGGAGCAAUAAUCCUGUCCAUGUCUCUACACUUCCUCAUCCUGUAUGUGGAGCCUCUACCGCUGAUCUUCCAGGUAACUCCGCUGCAUUAUUCCCAAUGGAUUGUAGUCCUCAAGAUCUCAAUUCCUGUCAUCCUAUUGGAUGAGGCACUCAAGUAUAUCUCCCGCCACCACUUAGAAGUUUAACUUUGUCCUCUCAUCUUUUAAAAGGUGAAGAGGAGGAAAGGUACAGGAAGAGUCGGCAGCUGAAAUUCUAGGACAACUUCCUCCAGACACACAUGAACACACACAAGCCCACCCCUGCCUUUUUCCUCCGUUCUUUUAAGACUGCACCCCAUGCGCACGCAUUCACACACACACGCGUCAUCAGACUCCUCGUCAUCAGUUCUCCCGUGUCUCAGCUGCAUGUUCAGCCACCACUAAAACAAGCAGGGCUUGUAGUUUGUUACAGUGUGUGUGUAUGUGUGUGUGUGAGAGAGUGAGACAUUAGGUCUGUGCGCGUGUGUGUAUGUGCUGGCACGUGCAUGGGCCUAAUUCAAUCAUGUCAAGCAGUUGCGUGACCAUUUGUUUUAUUUUAUCUUGCUUUUAGCUUUCAACACACUUGCUGUACAUAUUAGGGCAGUUACCAGUGCAUCUGAGGGAGAUGAAGAGGGUUUGAGGUUAAACAUUUGGGUGUUACAGGUUAAAUUCACUGGGGGGGUGAUGAAUCAUAAUUUGACCAUAGAAAAAAAAAUCACUAUAAGCAAUGAAAAGAGAUGAAAAUUGAAAAAGAGAGGAUGGAGAUGGCACCAUAGGGGUCUUGUAACGUGUGAAUGUUUGUUUGGACAGAAUGGCCAGUUUCUUUAAGUGGUCAACUCCAGUUUCUUUCUGCUUCCUCUCUUCUUUUACAGAUGGGGUUGCCACCUUCAGUACUUCUCUUAGCUAUACGUUUCCUUAAGAUAACUUUACACAAGACUAAACCUGGCAGCAUAUUUGUAUAUUACACUUGAAGAAUAAAAAAAAAAUCUGCAUUUGUUUUAGAUUAAGUCUAAAAUGGGUGUCGCUUAAACCUGAGAAUUUUGAAACGCACUCAGUUUAGGAUGUGUAAUAAUAGGCCCAGGAAUGAAUUUCAAAACUGUCCAAAAGUUUUUUUUACAUAUGAUUGUAAACACAAAGCGAGCAAGUGAAUUGAUGAAUCCCAGAGUUCUCCUCUUCUUCACCUCCUUUAUUCUCUAGAGUGAACUCCAGUUGAACACUAGUAACUACAGGUAUGUGCUGCAAGUAAAUCGAUCCAAACAUAGAGCAGCCUGUCACAUGCUGUAAGUAUUAAUAUCAAUGGCAGGUUUUGAAAGGAAAGAGGAGGAAAGAAAGGGAUUUGUUAAUUGACGUGAAGGGCAGUCGAGGUCUGCAGCAUUGCUUAACAUUAUCUGACACACAGACUGAAACAAACACAUUUCCCCCUCAUUACAGAGUGAAGGGGUCUCACUUGAAUGUACUUUCCCUCGCUUCUUCCCUGUACCGUUUUAUCCUAGUAAAUGUAAUCACAGCUGUUUAACAUCUUUAGUCCUAAGCUGCACCUCUUUCAUCUUUUAAUACUGUAUGCUGCCAAAUGGCUUUUUUCCUUUGCUCGUUUUAUUUCCUCCAUAUUCUACAUUUUGUUUGAGUUGAAAUGGUCGUCAUCAUGAACACACAAACAUCCUUAACGCAGUGGGUCUUGCCGUACAUGUCUGCAGAGGGAGGACUCUCUACCGCUAGUGCUUUUCUUGCAAUCUUGAUGAACUUGGCUGCUUUUUCGUUCUUUUUUUUGUUUUGUUUUUAAUAAAGUAAUAAUAAUGUAUUUGACUGAAAGAACCCAGGUGGUUUAGUUUGUCAAUUUUGCUGUUAAGGGUAUGAUAUGCCUUCAUCGAUCUGUUGGGAAAUGCUGGUGUGCUGUUUUCAGACAAAUCGGCAAACCAACUACGCCUGUGCCUGGUGUCAUUAUGCUUACCGUGGUAAAACUGCAGUGUGAAGAGUCUGUGUCCGCUUGUUAGCUAUGAUGGCAUCCUUUUGUCACAGUCUAGAAUCAUCUGUUUAGCCAGUAACAUAUGUGAGUGAUGUAAAUGCUAUUUAAAACAGACAAGCUCUGUGUCCCAUGUGCUCUCACACCUUUAACUAUUCCAAUGGCAAUGUAUUACCAUAUAACUUUAGGGUCAGCGUAUUGACACGAGGCAGUAAGGCCGCUUUAUCACACUAGCAUCUGCGCCAAUAGAAAGUGUGGGCUUGUACAGCCUUGCUAAUAACUACUGAUCUCUUGAACUCUGUACAGAAAAAAAAAAAAAUGAAAUACCUGAUUGCAUGGAACCUUGUUACUGUAAUUAAUAACCUAUACAGUAUGUUUAAUUUUUUUAAUAAUGACUUAAAUGAAACAUCACCACCCGGAAGAAAACAGUCCAAAAAACUUUUUUUUCUUCUUCUCUGCGUUCAAGUAACCGAGGAUGAGAAUAUUUUGUAGAAUAGUGGAGGUUGUUUAUUCAUUGUUACAGUUUGUUUUUAAAGGUUGCAGGGGUUUUUCUGUCUCUUUUCAGUUUAGCUUAGGAGUUGAAAAAUAAAAAUAAGAAUUGUGCUAAGGAUCAUUUUUGCAACUGUAAUUGGGUUUGAAUGUCUGAGGAUUUUUUUUUUGUUUGUUUGUCUGUUUUGUUUGUUUGAUUGUUCUGGUAAAGGAACAUCGUGUGGUUUACACAGAGUGACGUCCAGUAGUCAGUACUGGCUUAUGAAGUCGUUGUCUUGAAGGGCUUGGUGUGGGUACAUGUGCCUCCAGAGGUAUGAAAUGUCUGUGUGUUAUGCAGAAAGUUGGACGUCCACUUUGUAAAUCUAUUUCCAUUCAUUUACAAACUCCUUUUGUUGGUGCUUCUGCUACAUACUGUUUUCAUCAAACAAUACUGAAUGUUUUCAUUCUGAAACGUACUUGAUUGUUCGUUAUGAACACUUUCGAAAGGUUGACAAUCAGGAAAGCAAACAAAAGAUUUUAGUUACGUUUCCUUCCAUUCGCUCUCGAGUUCAGUGUGGUCCUGAGAUGAUCCGUUCGUACUGGACAGCUGUCUUUCUGCCUGCGCACAAACCGGCUGGAGCUUUGCACCCACUACUGAGAAAGAAUUCUCUGUAAACGCCUUGGUAAUAUUAAUUGUGGAUACAUAAUUUUAUAUAUGACAUGUCAAAUAAAGAUUAUUUAUCUUAUAAUUUA